GACUAGAGGAGGGGAAUAGGUACACCAUCACUGUGAAACUCUAUAAUGAUGCUGGUAGAGGUCCAGUCAGUAACUCUGUUACUGCAAAGACCAUUGAAGCUGCUCCCAGUGGUUCUCCUGCCUCAAUCACAGUGGGUACACUCACUGCUAACAGUGUCACUCUGCAGUGGGGAGAGGUGGCCUGUCUAGAGAGAAAUGGAGAGAUCACUGGCUACACAGUUACUGCAGCAAACUCAGAUGGGGUGGUAAAAGGAACAUGCUAGUGUUAACGUAGAUGCUAGACAAGCCACAAUCUCUGGACUGACUCCAUCCACACAGUAUACUGUGUCAGUGGCUGCAGUCAAUGGUGUUGGUACUGGACCUGUCACUACCCUCCCUGUAGAGACUCAAGGUCCCCCACCUCCUACUGGUGUGACAGCAGUUCAGGAUGGUCCCACUAGUAUCACAGUGACCUGGACUCCUCCCUCUCCACUGGGAGAUACCACUGGCUACAGGAUCUCCUACACCACAGGCAGUGAUGUGGAUAUUGAUGGUGGCUCUACCAACAGCUACACUCUGACUGGUCUCACCAAUGGACAGACAUACACCAUAUCCAUCGUAACAAUGGCUCCAAAUAGACCAACAAGUUCUCCCAUUGAAGCUCAAGUCACACUAGUGGGUGUUCCAGAGAAACCAACUGUGGACAUGGACAACAUUGAGACCUCACCCACUACCAUCACUACCUCCUGGAGCUUUCCUCCCGAUGCCACUGGCUCUGAGGUGAGCUGGGAACUAACAGGGCAGACGAGAAGAAGACGAGUCAGCAAUGCUGAGGGAGGGACUAGUGGACGACUCCCAAAAGACCAGAACAGCUACACAAUUGGACGUCUGAGGAGUGGAACUAGCUAUGACAUCACUGUAACAGUCUUCAACCCUGCUGGGAACUCCUCCACCACCUUUACUCACUCUACAGCUGAAGACAUCAGCAAGAGUGAUUCAUCAGCAUCGGUGGCUGCUCUUGGUGGUGUGUUGGGAGUGGUGAUUGUGACUGCUAUAGUAGUGCAGGCUAUGGUGAUAGUCUUUUUCAUCAGGAAACUCCAAAGAGCUAAAGCCUCCACGAACACUGGCGUAGAAAUGCCCACAUUUUCAGGAAAGAAAUAUCUUGGCUCAGAGCAGUUCCAGACCUCCAGUAAUGAGGCCUACGAUGUAGUGAGAGGGACUGGAAGUACAGCUGAAGGUGAAUAUGAGGUAACACAAGCCCUCCCUCCCUCCACCUCCUCCCAGCCUACCACUGCUGCUGCUGGAGACUCUCUCUAUGAGUCUGUGUGAUGUGUCCCUACAUUACUGUUCAGUAUCUGACUACUGCAGACAUGCAUGAAAUAUUAUUGUGCAUACAUUAGUUAGUAGUAUGUGAUGAUGUGUAGUACUGAAUUAGAAGAGGAGUGAUCCUCCUCAUUUGCACUGGUUGACUAGUUAAAAGUACAAACUCCGCAAUGAACUGAAAUUGCAAAGAUUUUAUAAGGGGAACGGUAGCUGCACAAAGGGAGACCAGAUGGAGACAUACCAAAACUUUGUC